AGAAAGGAUGUGUACCUCUUCAUCUAUUACCUCGUCCAGUUCUGCGGCCACUCCUGGAUACUGACAAAUAUGACAGCCAGAUUCUUCUCAUUUGGAAAAGAUUCAAUGGUGGACACGUUUUAUGCCAUUGGGCUGGUUAUGCGGGUUUGCCAGUCCAUAUCCCUCCUGGAGCUGCUGCACAUUUAUAUUGGCAUUGAGUCAAACCAUCUCUUCCCAAGGUUUCUGCAGCUCACAGAGAGAGUGGUCAUCCUUUUUGGGGUGAUCACCAGCCAAGAGGAAAUCCAAGAGAAAUAUGUGGUAUGUGUUUUAUUCAUCUUCUGGAAUCUCCUGGACAUGGUAAGGUACACGUACAGCAUGCUGUCAGUCAUAGGAACAUCUUACGCUCUCUUGACAUGGCUCAGUCAAACGCUGUGGAUGCCAAUUUACCCUCUGUGUGUUCUUGCUGAAGCAUUUACCAUCUAUCAGUCACUGCCUUAUUUUGAGUCGUUUGGCUCCAACUCUACUGUGCUGCCAUUCGACAUAUCCACCUGUUUGCCUUACGUGCUGAAGCUGUAUCUCAUGAUGCUCUUCAUAGGAAUGUAUUUCACCUACAGCCAUCUUUACACAGAAAGAAAAGAUGUCCUCAGAGUCUUCUCUGUCAAACAGAAGAAAAUGUGAGGCUUUGUUCCUGCCCAUCACACAAGAGAGAAGAAGACGGGCUGCUGGGUCACCCUGCAGCAGAUACAACCCUGGGCAUAUGCUAGAGAAAGAGAACUGAGAACUCGACAACAAUCUUUUACAUGGAUUCCUGCAGGCACCACAUAUUCUGUUCUGCCUCGACCGUGCCUUACGAACACAUCUUCCACAGGCACAGCACACCUUGCUGCACCACGUCAGUGGACUUCACACAGUGUGAGGUCUAAAUGUUUCUGUGUGAAGUUGAUGAGAAAUAGAUUCAGUGGAGUAAGCUCAAUUGACUUGAGAAACCAAUUGAUUAACUUCUGCAAUCACAACUAGCAGAUUUAUAGGAAGGGAACGCUGUAAAGUAUCCUCUUUAAUCCUAGGAUAACAUACUCUAUAGACAAAUGCCACCACCCUUAGAGCCAAGCAGCUUGAGCAAUACAUAUACUUAGAUACUCUAUAGACAAAUGCCCUGCCUUUAGAGCCAAUCACCUUUAGCAUUACAUAGACUUAGAUACUCUAUAGACAAAUGCUCCAGCCCUUAAAGCCAAGCAGCUUGGGCAUUAUGUAUACUUAGAUACCUAUAGACAAAUGCCCUCCCUACCUUUAGAGCCAAGCAGCUUGAGCAUUACGUAUACUUAGAUACUCUACAGACAAAUGCCUCGGUCCUUAGAGCCAAGCAGCUUGAGCAUUAUGUAUACUUAGAUACCUAUCAAAUAUCUUCUGUGACUUAGCUCAGGCUGCUGCUGUGUCACAAAGUGCACCCCCCACCCCCAGGGCUUAGUUGUCAAAACAACAGAAAUUUCUGUUUUACAGUUCUAGAGGUUUGGACAUCCAAGAGCAAGAUGCUAGCCAGUUCAGUAAGAUUAGAUGUGAACUGUAGAUCUGAUCAGCUGUUCUAACAGGAACACUGCCAGUUUGAGCUGUAGCUAACAGAAAUAGGAAGUCAGUUGGACUUCUUGGAACUUGAACUCUUUGAUAUAUCUCCAAAAAAUACAUUCUGAUCCUGUAUCAAAGAUGAUCAGAGUUUCCCCCUAAGUUACACAGGGGCAACUUAUUAGCCCUAAUUUGUAUGAUGAUGAGUUCCCUAAGAAAAAUGGGGCUUCCACUCCAGAUGUCUUUUCUUCCUCAGCUUUGACUACAAUCACCUUUACCAAACCCUAAAAGGUGACAUUAGCAUCUUAAAACUCUUCCAUCUUCUACUUAAUGUUAACAUUACUAAUUCAAGUCAUAAAAUGUUUUUAGCAGCCCCUUGGAUACCAUGGGGCUAUUAAAUUAUGACUGUAACAUGAUUUUAGACAAUUGCAUGGAUACCCACAUCUUUGCCAAAUGCACACUUUCCAAAUCCAAUCUGUGUUUGGAUACUUCUUGAGGCACAAUGUAGCUUUAGCCCUACGCUGGUGCAUCCGCAAAUACUAUUCAUCUUGGCAACUCCUGUUUUUAAAAGCUGACAAGAGAGGACUUGAAACCAAGACUCCUUUGUGUAGUUAAGAACAUGGUCUAAAAAAGAAACAGCAGCUUGCUUGUGUCAAACAAAGUGGAGCAUCGUGAUAGAACAAUUUGACACUUAUUUUGGGGUCAUACAGUUAACCAGGAGGGAGGCUAUUAUUUUGUUAGCAUACCUUUGAGUUUAAUCUUUAGAGUUACCAAUUUAGAGUCCUUAGAGGUCCGUAGGCAGAAAACCUCAUGACUUCCAUCCAUGACUGAUCAAAACAGAAAGGACGAGGAAAGAGGAGACUGAGGAUUAUUCUGUUUCCUUCUUUUUGUAAACUUCUGUUUUCUUGUGAAGGACAGGAGGAAAUACCAGGUUUGAAAAGAAAUCAGGCUGAAAAGACACGAGAAAUCUGAAAUUUGAAGUCUAGGCAGAUUCUUCCUUUCCUUGGCAUCAGCAAAUGCUUGGUUGCUGAUUCACGAUGUCUCCAGUGCCCACUUCCUCUUCAGGGCUCAGUCUCCUGUGUUUCCAAGGUACCCUGGAAUCCACAGCUCUUUAAUGCAUGCAGACACACUUGGUUUGCUCCACUAGGCUCAAACUUCCCAGUGCCAAAAGCCUGGUGUUUCUCUUAGCAGAUCUGCACCUUAAAGUGGGAGGCAAGGUGUCUGAUGCAGUAGCAAUAGCUUUGGAUCUAGGCUCUAGGACCUUGCUUUUAGGUAAAACUCUCCCACUUACUAAAUAUUUUUGCUCCAUCUUAAAAUAGAAAACAGUAUUCCCUGGGCAUUGUUGCAAGACUUCAAACAAGCUAAGCCAAAUGAAAAGUCUAGUGUACUGACUGUCUGGCACCCAAUAGUAAAUGCUAGAUGUCUUUCAGUCUCUAUUACACAUGGGACGAGAAAAAGACUGUCUAAAUCACUUCUUUCUCGCCUGGCUUAAACUUAUUUCCUUGUAGUCUAAUUUGUAAAGAAAUUAUAUAUCUGGAAAAUAAAAUUAGUAGUGCUACUUUGAACGUGCCAGGUGCACUUUGGGUCGAGAAGGUAUGUGCCACCUGUGAGUAGUAGAAGUUGUGUGGUGUUUGUGAAGCCCCAGGCAUGGUGCAUGGCAGAUACGAAAGCACCUGGUGUUCAGUGUCAUGACUUCUUCCCAAUGAUUACCUGUUUUUACAUUUAUAUGACUAGUUGCAGACUGAGCCCAUGCGAAGUCACAAUAAUUAGGACAAAAUUAAAAUGCUGCCUGAGUUUCUAGCCACUGCAGUAGCUGAGACUGUGAUAUCUCUCAAACCUUUAGGCCACGGAUCACUCUGGUGAAGGGAGCGGGACUUAUAAAAAGGGUGAUCUCCUGAGGACACAGCUAUCCGUUUUUGCUUGCCUAACAGCCUAUCAUCUUUCUCCUGUGGAAACUUAGUUCAGGUGGUUUGCUGGGGCUGCCUCCCCUGUGACUUAGGCCUUGUCACCGAGUGUAUCCCACCUGCCAGUGACCAGAUACUUGUUCAGAGAGUUGCAUGACUUCUAGAGUCCUCACGCUGCUGCUUCUCCCAUGGCUGUGGGGAAAAGAACCUUUCUUUGCCUUUGAGGUUGCUGUCAGGCACCUUGCCAAGUAGGAUGCACCGUCUCCAGAGGAAUGGAUCAGCAUCACGGGAUUCAUCAGACCUACCUUGGAUUUCUUUGUGAACUCACAGUCUCCUUUGCGGCUACUGCUACUGUGAAGUGGAUAACUUCACUUGGACGCAUGACAACCAAGCACAGGAGUUACACCUGUCACUGAGAAACCUAACCUGGGUACCAGUGGGUGUCAUGCCUAGCGAUCUGAAUGUGCCUAGCAGUUCUCUUAAGUGUGUUUUAUCAGCAAGGAUAAAAAUCUGUCUAACCCACUGACUCAGUGGCUUCUU